CGUGAGUCGGAGUCAGAACUGCGUCUCCGGACCCAGGCGCCGGUUGCUGAAGGAGGACUAGCGAGCGAUGCUGCCGCCGCCGCUUUCUGAUUGGCUGCGGAUGGCUCCCUUUUUGUUCUGAUUGGCAGCUGGCGAACUGGAUGAUGCUGAGCAAGGGACUGAAGCGCAAGCGGGAGGAGGAGGAGGAGGAGAAGGAAGCCCUGGCAGUGGACACCUGGUGGCUGGAUCCUGACCACCCAGCAGUGGCACCGGCACCCCCGGCCGUGGCCUCCAGUUCCCUCUUUGACCUUUCAGUGCUCAAGCUCCACCACAGCCUGCGGCAGAGCGAGCCGAACCUGCGGCACCUCGUGCUGGUUGUGAACACACUGCGACGCAUCCAGGCAUCCAUGGUGCCCACAGCUGUCCUGCCACCUGCGCCUAGCCCGCCAGCAGCCUCUGAUGUGGCUGACAACUUGCUGGCCAGCUCGGACGCCGGCCUCUCAGCUUCCAUGGCCAGCCUCCUGGAGGACCUCAGCCAUAUUGAGGGCUUGAGCCAGGCCCCCCAGCCCCUGGCAGAUGAAGGCCCACCAGGCCGCCCCAUUGGGGGAGCCCCACCCAGCCUGGCUGCCUUGGACUUGCUGGACCCAGCCACUGGCUGUCUACUAGACGAUGGGCUUGAGGGCCUGUUUGAGGACAUUGAUACCUCCAUGUAUGACAGCGAACUUUGGGCGCCAGCCUCUGAGGGCCUCAAACCUGGCCCUGAAGAUGGGUCAGGCAAGGAAGAAGCUCCAGAGCUGAAUGAGACUGAGCUGGACUACCUCAUGGACGUGCUGGUGAGCACACAGGCACUGGAGCGACCACCGGGGCCAGGGCCCUGACCCCUGGGCUGGGAGGAUUGUCUGAUGACUAAACUGAGAGUUGGUGACUGAGCCAACUCUCCUUGGAAAGACACAACUGGCUCCUCUAGAACAGAGAUGGGGGCUUCAGAGAGACAGAAUCAGUCCUGGGCAGCCUCACCUCUGUCCCCUUGUCUCAGACUGAUGGGAGGAGCCUGGGUUCAGCCUCAUGAUGGAAUGACGGGGCCUGGUGGCUGGAUUGCGAUUGGACCUGGCCUAAUGCUGGACUGACUCCCCUGAGGUCAUAGCCUGGGGUAUAGAUCUCCCUGAUGUAGAAAGAGACCCCAACCAGUUUUUUGAAAUUAAAAACCAGUCCUGGGAAA